AUGGCGGCCGCUACGGGGACAAGCGAGAUACCCGGGGGCCCGAGGGCGGCAGAGCCCGAGGACGUGAGUGGCCUGCGCUGCCUGGAGCACAGCGACCGUGUGGCCGAGCUCUUCUGUCGUCGCUGCUAUCGCUGCGUGUGCGCGCUGUGUCCAGUGUUGGGCGCGCACCGUGGACACCCAGUCCGCCUGGCUCUGGAAGAGGCGGCACUUUUUUCCUUACACCCUCAUGUACAGAAACUCACCCAAGACGGUUUAAAGCAGUUGGCAACCAAGAAGCAACAAGAAAUUGAUAACAUAACCCACAUAGAAGACGCUGCUGAGAAGCUCAAGGUUCACGCAGAGUCAAGUAAAACCUGGUUGGCAGAGAAGUUCACAGAACUCAGAUUACUGCUGGAUGAAGAGGAAGUGCUGGCCAAGAAAUUCAUCGAUAAAAAUACACAACUUGCCCUGCAGGCAUACAGACAGCAAAUCGAGUCUUGUGGGAAGCACAUUGAUAGCAUGAGUGACCUCUCCCACAGGCUCUGGAAUAUCAGCCAGGAGACAGAUCCCGUACACCUGCUGCAGGCAUACUCAGCCACCAAGCAGGAGCUGCAGCAGCAGAUGAGUUCCGGGGAGCUGUACCACCCUGUGUCCCCCUCCUUUGAGCCCGUCAAGAGCCUCUUUAAGGGCCUCGUGGACACCAUGCAGAGUACAUUUCUGAUGCCUCUGGACGUUCGUCUUAAGGAAAACAUAAGUUGCCAGCUCAUGGACUCCUCCAGCACCAAACCAGGCACCUUGUUGAAAACAGGCCCCUCGCCAGAGCGGUCACUCUUCUUAAAAUAUGCGCGCACGCCCACGCUGGAGCCGGACACGAUGCACGCGCGCCUGCGCCUCUCGGCCGACCGCUUGACCGUUCGCUGCGGGCUGCUGAGCCGCCUGGGACCGACGCCCGCUCUGCGUUUCGACGCGUUAUGGCAGGUGCUGGGCCGCGACGGCUUCGCCGCGGGCCGCCACUACUGGGAGGUGGAUGUGCAGGAGGCGGGUGUCGGCUGGUGGGUGGGCGCGGCUUACGCCUCCCUGCGGCGCUGCGGCUCUUCGGCUUCGGCCCGCCUGGGCUGUAACCGCCAGUCGUGGUGCCUCAAGCGCUACGACCUUGAGUACUGGGCCUUCCACGACGGACAGCGCAACCGUCUCCAGCCCCGCGACGACCCCGAACGGCUGGGCGUCUUCCUUGACUACGAGGCUGGCAUCCUAUCCUUCUACGACGUGACGGGCGGGAUGAGCCACCUGCACACCUUCCGAGCCUCCUUCCAGGAGGCGCUUUACCCGGCCCUGCGGCUCUGGGAGGGCGCCAUCAGCAUCCCCCGGCUGCCCUAGGGCCAAGA